ACAAACAAUCGGUAGGAAUUUAAAAAAUUCUUUGAUGGCAAUUUUGGCUCCUUUACCUUCCAUUGUAUUCUACAAAUCCUUUCUGAAUAAGCAUCACAACCUAUCCCCGAUUUGGUCAUGGUGCUAUAACCACCCUCUUUUCUUAGCCAAUAUCCUUUUUUUAUUCAACAUUAAUCUACUUUUUUGGCUCAUUAGCCUCAUCCAAUCUAGCAAUUGGCUGAUAGAUGUGUAUUGGACCGUGAUACCCGUGUUAUUGGUGCAUUACUUUGAGACACAUCCUGGCUCGCAAUUCAACUUAUGGCGGUCGAGGGUUGUUAUGCUUUUGACUUGGGUUUGGGCCAUUAGGCUGUUUCACAGCUACUUUCGUCGAGAAAAGUGGCAAUGGGGUGCUAGAGAAGAUUGGAGGUUCACGGAUUUGGCUCGACAGUAUGGUAAAAACUGGUGGUGGGUUUCUUUCUUUGCUGUUUAUCUCAUUCAACAGGUAUUUUUAAUAGGUGUCUGUCUACCGUUAUACAUUGUCCACACAGUGAACAAACCUUGGAACAUAUGGGACAUGGUCGCCAUACUGGUCUGCAUGAGCGGCAUUGUCACAGCCUAUCUCGCAGACACACAACUUUACGUAUUUGUGAGCAAAAAUGAGAAAGUAAAAGAAGCUGGAAAUUCAUUGGUGCCAAUUCUUGAUGAAGGUUUAUGGUACUACUCAAGACACCCAAACUACUUUGGCGAGCAAUUAUGGUGGUGGGGUCUGGCCAUAUUUGGCUGGAACCUAGGAUGCACUUGGGUCUUUGUUGGUGCAUUGGUUAACAGCUUGUGUCUAGCUUAUGUCACCAUACUCGUUGAAAGAAAGAUGCUCACACUAGAGUAUAGAGUUGAAGCCUACAAGACGUACCAAAAAACAACAUCUGUGUGGGUACCAUGGUUCAAAUCGUCCACAAAUCAAGUGUCUAAAGAAAAAGCCAGAUGACCUUUUUGUUGGUCAAAAACCGUCGAUCAAAGCAUAUUGGACAUCUUUAGGUCUUCUGACCAGUACACGUUAAUAGACACUUAGUGUCUCGUUAUGUGAAAUAGCUACCACUUUGAGGAAAUUGUAUUGUGUUAGAUAAGUGUAUGUUGAAAUACAGCCAGUCUAUGUCCACAAGUCAAAUUUGAAUCUUUAGUUGGAAUCCCAAUGUUUUGUUUUCAGUUUGAGCUAAUGAAGAUGUAUUGUGGCA